AUGUCUUGUAAUAUCAACCAAAGAUCCAUUGUUACUGGUACAGAAUCAGGGAAUAUCCAUAUUAGUACUGGUACAGAAUCAGUGAAUGUCCAUGUUAAUACUGGUACAGAAUCAGGGAAUAUCCAUGUUAGUACUGGUACAGAAUCAGUGAAUAUCCAUGUUAGUACUGGUACAGAAUCAGGGAAUAUCCAUAUUAGUACUGGUACAGAAUCAGUGAAUGUCCAUGUUAGUACUGGUACAGAACCAGUGAAUGUCCAUGUUAGUGCUGGUACAGAAUCAGUGAGUAUCCAUGUAAAUACUGGUACAGAAUCAGUGAAUAUCCAUGUUAGUGCUGGUACAGAAUCAGUGAAUAUCCAUGCAAGUACUGGCACAAAAUCAGUGAAUAUCCAUGUUAGUACUGGUACAGAAUCAGUGAAUAUCCAUGUUAGUACUGGUACAGAAUCAGUGAAUAGCCAUGUUAGUACUGGUACAGAAUCAGUGAAUAGCCAUGUUAGUACUGUUAAAGAAUUAGUGAUUAUCCAUGUUAGUACUGGUACAGAAUCAGGGAAUACCCAUGUUAGUACUGGUACAGAAUCAGUUAAUAUCCAUGUUAGUACUGGUACAGAAUCAGUGAAUGUCCAUGCUAGUACUGGUACAGAAUCAGUGAAUGUCCAUGCUAGUACUGGUACAGAAUCAGUGAAUGUCCAUGUUAGUGCUGGUACAGAAUCAGUGAAUGUCCAUGUUAAUACUGGUACAGAAUCAGGGAAUAUCCAUGUUAGUACUGGUACAGAAGCAGUGAAUGUCUAUGCUAGUACUGGUACAGAACCAGUGAAUGUCCAUGUUAGUGCUGGUACAGAAUCAGUGAGUAUCCAUGUAAAUACUGGUACAGAAUCAGUGAAUAUCCAUGUUAGUGCUGGUACAGAAUCAGUGAAUAUCCAUGCAAGUACUGGCACAAAAUCAGUGAAUAUCCAUGUUAGUACUGGUACAGAAUCAGUGAAUGUCCAUGUUAGUACUGGUACAGAACCAGUGAAUGUCCAUGUUAGUGCUGGUACAGAAUCAGUGAGUAUCCAUGUAAAUACUGGUACAGAAUCAGUGAAUAUCCAUGUUAGUGCUGGUACAGAAUCAGUGAAUAUCCAUGCAAGUACUGGCACAAAAUCAGUGAAUAUCCAUGUUAGUACUGGUACAGAAUCAGUGAAUAUCCAUGUUAGUACUGGUACAGAAUCAGUGAAUAUCCAUGUUAGUACUGGUACAGAAUCAGUGAAUAGCCAUGUUAGAACUGUUAAAGAAUCAGUGAUUAUCCAUGUUAGUACUGGUACAGAAUCAGUGAAUAUCCAUGUUAGUACUGGUACAGAAUCAGUGAAUGUCCAUGCUAGUACUGGUACAGAAUCAGGGAAUAUCCAUGUUAGUACUGGUACAGAAUCAGUGAAUGUCCAUGCUAGUACUGGUACAGAAUCAGUGAAUGUCCAUAUUAGUACUGGUACAGAAUCAGUUAAUAUCCAUGUUAGUACUGGUACAGAAUCAGUGAAUGUCCAUGCUAGUACUGGUACAGAAUCAGUGAAUGUCCAUGUUAGUGCUGGUACAGAAUCAGUGAAUGUCCAUGUUAAUACUGGUACAGAAUCAGUGGAAUAUCCAUGUUAG